UGUCGGACCACAGUAGGAUUUUUUUUUUUUAAAAAAAAUUAACUUUUUUAUAUUAAAACAAUUAGACAAAAAAUAUAUAAUUAAUAAACAUUAAAGUUGAUGUCCGUUGAGUCGUUGAUAGUAGAUGUACACCAAAACCUCGUGACAGUUGUCACAUAACCAUAUUAAUGAGGGAUGACCUUAUACAAGGCCGUUGCCCGUACCUUAUAAACUAGGGGAGUAGAUUUUUGAAAGGAGAAAAAAAAUACACGAGUCCAUUGAAGAUGGAACACGCAAAAAAAGAAGAAACAGAUGAUGGUUAAGUUAAAUUAAGGGGACUUUAUUAAGUAAAAAAAAAACAAAAAAUUACGUUAUUACGAGGCAAAAAACCGAAUGGUCAAAAAACCUCGUCUACAAAUUAAAGGGGACAAAGAAAGAGAAAAAAAAAAAAAGAUAAUAAAAAAAAUAGUUACACCUACACUUUUAUUAUUAGAGAAUACGAUGAACGUCUUCGGGUACCCGCCGGCUAUUAAUCGCAGCAUUGCCGCUAAGCACGGCGGGUAUACGUCCCAAGUAAGCGACUGGUUUCUGGCAGUUAGGCUUAGCUUGCAAGACGUUGGGACACCCCGGAAUAAAAUGCACUACGUCACCACAUUGUACCAAUAAUAUAUACAUCACCCAAUAAAAUAUGAUAUAAAACCUAUAAAAAGUCACAAAAAAAAUAUAUAACAUGACAGGUGGUCUUGUACACGCCUGUCAUGUUGCGGGACCUAAAUAAAAAAAAUAUAAGGACACCUACAAAAAAAAACUAUAUAAAAAAAUAUAAAAAAAAUUCGCCACACGUGCUUAUGGCACGGCGCACUAAAAAAAAUAACUGGCUCAAAACAUUAUAUACAAAAUUUAUACGUUACCGGCCCCGAAGGGCUACAGAAAAUGAGGCAGGCUCAACCAACGCCAAUUAAAAAAAAUCACAUUGUCUAAACAAUAGCGGGCACUCACGACAAAAAAUAUAUAUAUAAUUAAAAUGUUGCAGCGCACACAACAACAAAAAAACUGCUGUGGACGACCAGUUCCGAUGAUGGCUAAUUUCCGACAACCCGUCCGACGUUUGACCCGGCGGUCCGUUGGCGACAACACGGCUAGCCUUUGGAGUAGGGGUCAAAAAAAAAACCUAAUACCUAGUGCCGGAAAUUACUAAGAACAAUUUAAAUAAGGCGACAAUGUAUGCGGUGAGCAGUGCAAAUGACGUUCAAGAUAGGAAAGGAGAGGGGUGAAUGUACACACAAAUGCCGUCCAUUAACUGGUCUGAAGUAGUACACAGCUGACUAUCUCGCACGCGCAUAAACAAAUCACAACACCUUAUCAUGAUAAUUUUACCAACAAACGCCGUCGCAGUCCGCAUUCGGCUCAACACAAAUAUAUAUAUAUAUAUACAAAUAGAAAAAAAUAACAGGAUACUUUUGUCACGUUACAUAUUAAAUAAAGUGACAAAAAUUCGAGGAAAAUUCCAUUACAGUUCAAAUAUGCGCCUGUUGCUUAAACAAGCACAAGUAAAUCGUCAACUUCCAAUUAAAGUUAUGCCAGGUGCUUGCGAGACUCGAUGGUGGUUUUACUUACCAGCUCUUGAAUUUAUUAAAGAUCAUCAUAUACCUCUUCGUGAUGUUUUAUAUGAAAUUAAAUCAAAUUCCAAGACUCUACAACUACUUCCAAAUAAUGAUGAACUUCAACUUUUAAAUUUAAAAUGUACAAUUUUAAAGCCACUUCAACAACUUGAUGAACAUAUGUCAGCUGAAAAAGUAGUAACUGCCUCAGGACUUUGGCCAGUAUAUUCUCGCUUGGAAAAUAAUUUACUGCAUUCGGAUUCUUCUUCAUUCACUUGUAGCUUAAGUCAAGUAUCUCAAGAAGAUACAUAUAGUGUAGACCUUUUUUCUACAGAAAUAGGAUGUGACAUCUCAACUGUUGAUUUUAGCACCCAAAAUACUAUUUUAGAGACUGGCAGAAAAUAGCGAUGAAGAAACUCAAAACAAUUUACAUUCGCAAUCAAUUAUAUUAGAACACAUAAGUUUUCAUAUAAAAAAAGAAAUUCUGGUUCCACUUACAAAGCGAUAUAGCAAUUCCUCUCAAAAAUUAAGGUUGCACGUUAUGACUAUGUUGGAUCCAAGAUAUAAAUACAGAUUUAUUGAUUUUCCACAAGACGUUAUAAAUCAUAUAAAAUUGGAAAUGGACACUAUUGAACACCAACAAUGUAAAAAAACUGAUACUGUAAAAAAAGAAGGUUUGGCAGCGUUUUUGUCAACAGAAGUUCCAACAGUCAAUGCCAACCCACACCUUGAUCUAAACUCGGUCGAAUUUUUUUUUAAGUUACUACAAUAAAAAGAGAGAGACAUUUAAAAGAUCUACAAUUGUGUGACUGCUACUACAUAUUGGUUAGUCCUAAUAGUCUGAUAUGUUUAAUAAAUUGUUAUU